AUGUGGCAUGCUUUUGCAGCUAUAGGAACUGAAAUGAUCAUCACUAAAGCAGGACGGCGCCUUUUCCCUACUAUUGAUAUCCAUACAAGUGGUCUCGAUCCGAAUGGAUUUUACUCUAUCAAGGUGGACAUCGCUGCAGCGGAUGACAACCGCUAUAAAUAUGUAUCUACAACCGGAUGGGUUGCAGCAUCAAACGGGAAUAGAGUAAAUCAUAUAGCUGAUCAGGUAGUUUUUGGGGAAUGUGAACACCCAAACUCUCCAAAUUCUGGUAAAUUUUGGAUGAGUUGCGAAACCAUUAGCUUUAAAAAGCUAAAAUUGAGCAACAGCAAAGAACACUACAAGAAAAGCGAUUGCAUUGUACUGAAUUCAAUGAGAAGAUACCAGCCAAGAAUUGUGAUUAGCAAAUGGGAUCGCGAUCAUACUGCUCCGGUCGAUACAAAAAUUAUAAUCUUUCCAGAAACGAGAUUUUAUGCGGUCACUUGCUACCAAAAUGGCCAGAUUACCAAUCUGAAAAUUCGCUAUAAUCCAUUUGCGAAAGCUUUUCGAGAU